CCUCAGUAUGAUCCUCGGCGAUUAUUUCGGUGACCUGUAUGCUGCUAAGGGACGGGAGGAUGGAUGCAAGAACAUCAAGCCCUUGAAUGUGCUCAUCAUUACUGAUGGCGCGUCAUCGGAUGAUGUAGAGGGUGUGAUCGUCUAUUUUGCUAGGCUACUUGAGGCCGACAAGUGGCCACUUGGACAGGUCGGGACACAGUUCGUUCAGAUAGGGAAUUCGAGGCAUGCAGCACGGUUCCUUAGACAGCUGGAUGAUUUGAAGCAGGCACAUAUACGGGACAUCGUCGACACAACGCCCUAUAUCGGCCAACUGCAUGCUGACAUGCUGAUCAAGGUCCUCGUCGGUGGUAUAAAUCGCCGCGUGGACACGACGGGUGGUGAUUCGGUUAUGUUUUAAGUUGCGAGACACUGGAUACAACACUUGUAUCAUAUCUGGAGUUAAGAAUUUGUCGUCAGCUCAGUACCCAACGAAUCUUCCUGUGGCAAAUAUACCUAUGCAUGUACGUAGCCUUAGU